CACCGGGCGGGGCUGUGGUCCGUGUCUGGUCUGCAAACACCCGCGGGCGAGCCCACGCUGCGCGUCCACUCGGACCGCUGGGUGUGAGGCUGUGUCUCUGCGUGUCACCGACACACACACACACACGCUGAUAUGAGCCCUGCUUCGACGUGCGUGUCAUGGCUUAAAAAUAGAGGCUAAUCCGUCAGCCGGUCUCGCAGCGGCGGCGGGGGCGGCGGCGGCGGCGGCGGCGGCGGGAGAGUCAUGGCCGUGGGGCUGGCUGCGCCUGCGAUCUGCCUCCGGGACUGAGACCCCGCGCCGCGCUCGCACCGAGCAGCAGCCACCUGGAGACGGACGCAUCCUCACGGCAGCCGCCCCUGCAGCUGCCGCACGGUUUCCGCCACCUCUAAGAUGUGCCCCGGUAACUGGCUCUGGGCGUCUAUGACUUUUAUGGCCCGCUUCUCCCGGAGUAGCUCAAGGUCUCCUGUUCGCACUAGAGGGGUCCUGGAAGAGAUGCCGGCUGUUCAACAUCCCUUCCUCAAUGUCUUUGAGUUGGAGAGGCUCCUCUACACAGGCAAGACAGCCUGUAACCAUGCCGAUGAGGUCUGGCCAGGCCUCUACCUCGGAGACCAGGACAUAGCUAACAACCGCCGGGAGCUCCGCCGCCUGGGCAUCACCCACGUCCUCAAUGCCUCGCACAGCAGGUGGCGAGGGACGCCGGAGGCCUACGAGGGGCUGGGCAUCCGCUACCUGGGUGUCGAGGCCCACGACUCGCCAGCCUUUGACAUGAGCAUCCACUUCCAGACGGCUGCCGAUUUCAUCCACCGGGCACUGAACCAGCCGGGAGGGAGGAUCCUGGUGCACUGUGCCGUGGGCGUGAGCCGGUCCGCCACACUGGUCCUGGCCUACCUCAUGCUGUACCACCACCUGACCCUCGUGGAGGCCAUCAAGAAAGUCAAGGACCACCGAGGCAUCAUCCCCAACCGGGGCUUCUUGAGGCAGCUCCUGGCCCUGGACCGCAGGCUGCGGCAGGGUCUGGAGGCAUGAGGGGAGAGGAAAGGAAGUCAGGCCAGGUGCAUGGGUCCCUGGCUUCCGGCUGGAGGGAGGAGGCCCAGAUGUCCCACCGUCUCCCGUAGGCGGGAGAGCGACAGGGCUGAGGCUGCCACCACUGCUGCUAUUUGCUGGGAGGGGAUGGGGAGUGAGGUCGGGUGAUGUGCUGGGUGCCCAGGAGGGAGCUGACCAGGGAAGGAAGCAGCUAUGGUGUAGGUAGACGGCAGUCCUGGGAUUCAGACACCCUGGAUUCCAGCCAGGUUGCUUGCAGUGACCCAGAGCCCCUUCCCCCCAUUGUGCCCAAGUGUCCCCCCUCACUCCCUUAUCGAAACAAAAGUGCCAUCUCUGCCCCAUGCCUGCGCAGGGAAUCGGGGAUGCCGCAGGCACGAACGUGAUGGUGUCCCCUUGUGUGUAGAUGGUGGUGUAGAGACAGACGGUGCAGAGAGGGUGUGAAAAGCUGUGAGACCAGAGGGAGAAACCCACAGACGUGUUACUCCAAGCACAGGAAGAGGAAGUGUGGGAGGAUUGGCGCUGUGCCCGUGGGCGCUGGCUGCGGCCAGAAGCUGCAGAAGGGCAUGGCUGGGAGUCUUUAGAGGGUCGCUCACUUGCUGGCUGCAGGUGUCUCCAGGAGAAAUAAAGACGGUGGACAAGAGA